CGGUGGCCAUACCAUUUUUGUGCCUCGACCUAUAUAUAAGACAUUUUCUUCUUUCUCUCAACGAUUAGGUGCUAGGGUUUCGAUUAGAGAGCAUUGAAGCAGAAGACGAAAAUGGUGAAGAGCCGCCAAGGAGAGAAUGUGAGACUGUACGUUCGAGGAACGAUUCUCGGAUACAAGAGGUCAAAGUCGAACCAGUAUCCAAGCACGUCAUUAAUACAGGUAGAGGGAGUGAACACAAAGGAAGAGGUGGCAUGGUAUACUGGAAAGAGGAUGGCGUAUGUAUACAAGGCUAAGGUGAAGAAGAACGGUUCUCAUUAUCGUUGUAUUUGGGGAAAAGUAACAAGGCCUCAUGGUAAUAGUGGUGUUGUUCGUGCUAAAUUUAAGUCUAAUCUUCCUCCUAGAUCUAUGGGUGACAAGGUUAGAGUCUUCAUGUACCCCAGCAACAUUUAAGUGCUACAGUUUUUUUAUUGGACCUUGGACGUAAGGUGGAGUUGGAUUUGCUGCAAAUUUUGAGUUUUUAGGUUUUGUACUCGAGCAAUACUGGCAAAGUUGUUUUAGAUUUUUGUUUGGUUUGAAUUUAUUUGGAUAUUAAAACAUCUGUGUACGGUCAUGGUUAUCUCCAAAUUGAGAUCUGAAACAUUCAAAUUGCAAAUGCUUAGGAUAUUACCUCUUAUGAAUGAGGAUGUGAUUCUUGAUCA